AUGUUCAAAGAUUCAGAUUCACUUGUGCAGAGAAUGUUCAAAGAUUCAGAUUCACCUGUGGCAGGGAAUGUUCAAGUAUUCAUAUUCACUUGUGGCAGAGAAUGUUCAAAGAUUCAGAUUCACCUGUGCAGAGAAUGUUCAAAGAUUCAGAUUCACUUGUGCAGAGAAUGUGCAAAGAUUCAGAUUCACCUGUGGCAGAGAAUGUUCAAAGAUUCAGAUUCACCUGUGCCAGAGAAUGUUCAAAGAUUCAGAUUCACCUGUGGCAGGGAAUGUUCAAGUAUUCAUAUUCACUUGUGGCAGAGAAUGUUCAAAGAUUCAGAUUCACCUGUGCAGAGAAUGUUCAAAGAUUCAGAUUCACUUGUGCAGAGAAUGUUCAAAGAUUCAGAUUCACCUGUGGCAGAGAAUGUUCAAAGAUUCAGAUUCACCUGUGCCAGAGAAUGUUCAAAGAUUCAGAUUUACCUGUGGCAGGGAAUGUUCAAAGAUUCAGAUUCACCUGUGGCAGAGACUGAUUCAGCAUCAGUCGAUUUUCUUCUUAUCCAGUUUGGUGUGUCUGUUUUUACCUAUGACAAGAACAAAGCAAGAUAUAUUGCACAGCCAUUCAACUUCUACAUAUUCCCACGACCAAUGAACAGCCGACAUGCUCCAGAUAAAAUCUUUCUCUGUCAGAGUUCAAGCAUUGAUUUUCUCAUAUCACAAGGAUUUGAUUUUAACAAACUAUUCAAAGAAGGCAUCCCGUACCUCAUGCCUAUGGAGGAGAACUUACUUCGUGAACAGCUACAACAGAAGCAUGCAGUGGCCUCCACAUCUGACGACUCGUUUCGUAAGGUUGCUGCCAGUCCCUCACUUGUGUCACCACCAGCUAAGAUGUCAAAUAUACCGAUUCCAGAAGAAUAUAAGGAAUUCAUCGAGAACACAUGUCAGAAAAUCAAAGAAUUUAUUGAAGACAAAGACGCUGAAAAACUAGAAUUAGAUCCAUGUAAUGCUUUUCUUAGGAAACUUAUUUACCAAACGGCAAAAACUAAAUUUCCCACUGGAGUUUUUUUAGAUACACAGACAAGUGAAAAGAAAGUAAAGUACAUUGCUGUCGCAAAAGUGAAAGAGGACGAAAUAAAGAGAAAAGAGGAGGAGAAACAAAAAGCUGAAAUGGAUGAGUUGGAGGAUGCCGUCGCUUUUAGCAAAGUCAUCAAAUUAAUUUGUGAUAGCGGUAAACUGGUUGUGGGACACAAUAUGUUAUUAGAUGUUUUGCAUAUCAUACAUCAGUUUAUUUGUGAGGUUCCAGAGGAGCUGGAUGACUACAAGACAGUGGUCAGGUGUAUGUUUCCAAAAUUACUAGACACCAAGCUGAUGGCCAGCACACAGCCUUUCAAGGAUUUACUCAUUAAUACUGCAUUGGGUGAGCUUUAUCAAUCACUUGCUGGCAAACCAUUCAAAAGGCCGAAUAUUGAGAUUCCAUCAAAGUUUCCCAACUAUAAAAAAGAAACCAACUUGCUGCAUGAAGCUGGCUACGAUGCCUAUAUCACUGGUAUAUGUUUUAUUACUAUGGCUAACUAUCUGGGUACUUUUCAAGAUCCUGUCAAAGGACGAGUCUCACCAAACUCAUCUUCAAUCCAACCUUUCAUGAACAA